AUGAAGGCAACUAUUGCGGUCGCUGCUGCUGCGGCCCUGGCCGGUGUUAACGCUGUCAGCGUUCACCACCGACACGCUCGCGCUCACGAUGCCUUCAAAGCCCUUGAGAAGAAGGCUGACAAUGCCACCUGUGGAUGUACUACCAUUUACAGCACCUACUACGGUGAAGCCACUCUCUCAUUCCCUCCGGUCCCUACGACCCCUUCAACUACUGCCACGCCUGAGGCUACUCCGUCUUCUGCCUCUAUCCCUCCGGCUCCGCCUGCCCCAACUACGAGUACCUCUACCGCCGUGCUUGUCCCUACGCCAAUUCCUCAGACUUGCUCGACCACGGGUGUUUACACCUUCCCCGCCACCACCGUUACUCUGACUGACUCGACCACGGUGGUUGUUCCUACCUCGACCGCUCUGACCAGUGGUACCCACACCAUCGGUGGUGUCACUACCAUCGUAGAGACCGCCACCACUGUUACUUGCCCGUAUGCUACGGUCUCUACCAGUGAAGGUGUCGUUACCAGCGUCAUCGAGAUCACGACCUACGUCUGCCCGUCUGCUGGUACCUACACUAUCGCUCCUACGACGACAACUGUGGACAAGUCCACCAUUGUCACCAUUCCUAGCGUCACCAGCUACGCCCCUGGAACCUACACCCAGCCUGAGGUUGUCACCACUGUCACCGAGACCAACACGGUUAUCUACUGCCCGUUCGACAUUCCCACUCCCAGUGUCUCGAGCACGCCCAUUGCGGUUCCGACUACCCCUGUCGCAGUCCCAACUACCCCCGUCGCGAUCCCGACUUCGCCUGUCGUGAUCCCGACUUCGCCUGUUGUCUCGGUCUCAGUCUCUAUCCCCGUUGCCGUACCUAACACCCCUACCUCCAAGCCUGAGGAUUCUAAGCCCAGCUCCUACCCGGCUUCUUCUCCAUCUUCUCCUUCUACCGCAAAGCCUAAGCCCAGCGGCUCCCUCGGUGGACCGGUUGGCCAGCCAUGGGGUAUUACGUACACUCCCUAUGGGACUGGCCCAGAGGGUGGAUGUAAGAGCGCCAGCGAGGUUGAACAGGACAUUGCUGCCAUUGCCGCUUCCGGUGUCCAGACCGUCCGUGUCUACUCUACUGACUGUGACACUCUUCCCAACGUCGGUGGCGCUUGCGCUAAGCACGGCCUGAAGAUGAUCCUCGGUAUCUUCAUUGACUCUCCUGGCUGCGAUGCUCACAACCCCACUGUUGCUGAGCAAAUUAGCGCUAUCAAGGACUGGGCUAAGUGGGAUCUCGUCGAACUCAUCACGGUUGGUAACGAGGCUGUCUUCCACGGUUACUGCCAGCCCUCGGAGCUUUCUUCCCUCAUCACCAAGUGCAAGGGCGAAUUCAGCGGCUACACCGGUCCUUACACCACCGCCGAGACCGUUAACAUCUGGCAGCAGAGCGACUUCUCUUCGGCUAUCUGCGGUGUUGUUGACGUCGCUGGUGCCAAUGCCCACGCUUUCUUCAACACUCAGACUGUUGCCUCUCAGGCUGGUGAGUUUGUUAAGGGCCAGCUUGACAUUGUCAGCAAUAUCUGCCAGAAUGUCCCCGGUAUCAUUCUUGAGACCGGUUGGCCCUCUGCUGGCCAGGCCAUGGGUCUUGCUGUUCCUGGUGUUGCCCAGCAAGCCGAGGCUAUCAAGAGCAUCGUCAAGGAGUGCGGUAACAAGGCUGUCAUGUUCAGCUACUCCAACGACGCGUGGAAGGACCCUAACACCGCCUGCCAGUGCGAGCCUCACUUCGGUAUUGCCACUGCUCUUGGCAUCAAGAUCAGCGUAUAA